AUGACAGAAGCACAGACUGCAGUGAUGCAGCUACAAGCCAAGGAACACCACCGCUUGCCAGAAAACAACAGAAGUAAGAAGCUAAGAAGUGGUUACCAGAUCACGUAUGGAUUUUCCAUAAAAAUUUUGAAAAUCCCUUGUAUUGGUGGCUCCCAGCAGAGUGCCCUGAAGAAGUUUCAGAAUCAAGUCCUGUCGUCCAACACAAAGCUUCAGGACAGUACUGGGGCCGAGGGGCCCCGGGCCCUGUGGAAGGGGAACGCGGUGGCGUGCCUGCGCCUCUUCCCCUGCAGCGUUGUGCAGCUCGCCGCUUACCGCAAGUGUGUUGUGCUGUUCACAGAUGACCUGGGCCAUAUUUCCCAGUGGAGCUCCAUCAUGGCUGGGAGUCUCGCGGGCAUGGUUUCCACCAUUGUGAUGUAUCCUACAGACCUCAUCAAAACCCGGUUGAUUGUGCAGAACAGGCUGGAACCAUCUUAUAGGGGGCUCCUCCAUGCUUUUUCUACUAUUUAUCAACAGGAAGGGUUCCUGGCCCUUUAUCGAGGGGUUUCCCUCACUGUUUUAGGUGCGCUCCCAUUUUCUGCUGGUUCCCUCCUAGUUUACAUGAACCUGGAGAAAAUCUGGAAUGGACCCCGAGAUCAGUUCUCUCUCCUUCAGAACUUUGCCAAUGUCUGUCUCGCUGCUGCGGUGACCCAGACCCUCUCCUUUCCCUUUGACACCGUAAAGAGAAAGAUGCAGGCUCAGAGUCCCUAUCUUCCCUACAAUGGAGGAGUAGAUGUCCAAUUCUCAGGAGUGGUGGACUGCUUCCGGCAGAUAGUGAAAACCCAUGGGGUCCUUGGGCUCUGGAAUGGAUUGACAGCCAACUUGUUGAAGAUAGUUCCUUAUUUUGGAGUUAUGUUUAGCACCUUUGAGUUCUGCAAGAGAAUCUGUCUUUACCAAAAUGGCUACAUUGUGUCUCCUCUGAGCUAUAAAUUGACCCCCGGGGUGGAUCAGAGUUUGCAGCCCGGGGAAUUACGAGAAUUAAAGAAGUUCUUCAAAACUGGAAAACUGAAGUCUAAAAAACCAACUCUGUAAAACCGAAUGGGGCGAGAAGUGGACCGACUGGAAGCAGGCUGCCAUCUCAAACAAAUGUAGCCUCAUAAUGGCACAUAUGAGGAAUGAUGGGAGAGUACUCCUGUCUGCUGCUCUUAGAAAUGAAGCCGUUUGUCUGUACACCACCUCAGAGCUCCAAACUGAUGUCCCUGUGAACACCUGCACUGUGAAAAGGUUUCCCAGCACUACUGUGUCAUGAUGUGGUGCCACCAGGUUUUAUAACCAAAGUCUGCAAUAAUAACACAUGCAAUUUACACUCUGGACAGAAGCAUGACACUGAAAAAGGGCACUGCCAUGACACCUUAAAGCACCGUGUAGUUUAAGUGGCUAAGCAGAUACCAUGACUGGAGCUCAGACACAAGGUCACCAUCACUAAGAGUUGACCCAAAGCUUACAUGAACCAAUGUCAGCCUAGUUUUUCUCACUUUGACCUGAGGUGUCCCAGUACAAUUGCUCUUGAAUUCAUAACCUUUGUUAACUUGUUUUGUUUAAAGUUUAUUUCUUCCAUGAGAGACAGAGACAGAGAGACAAGGAUCUCCAACAGGGUCCUUAUGCCACGACACACCUCCAGCUUC